AUGCGAACUUUCGUUUUUAUGAAAUCUGUUGGAUUAGCUCGACGUGCAGUUCGAGAAUGUUCCUCUUCUCGUCCAAUUCAAAUUAUCGGUGCCAUUGGUUCAUAUGCUACAAUUUUAUUCGAUGGAUCAGAAUAUAAUGGUCAUUAUAUUGAUACAAUUGAUGAAAAAACUGUAGUCGAUUAUUUUCUGCAACAGUCGAAACCACUUUUACAAGCAGAUUUGAAAAUCUUAGCAUUCGAAACAAUUCCAGCGUUUAAAGAAGCGUUAUGCAUUUUGCAAGCGCUUGAUAGAAUGCCGGAUGAUAUAAAAUGUUGGAUUUCAUUUUCAUGCAAAAAUGGUCAAUUAGUUAAUCAUGGUGAAAAUUUUGCUGAAUGCGUGAAGAAAAUCAUCGUUCAUCCAAAAUUGAUUGCAAUUGGUGUAAAUUGUACAAAACCAAGUUUUAUAACUUCUUUGUUGAAUUCGGCACAAAAAUAUUUGGGUGAAAAAUUUUUUGUCGUCUAUCCGAAUAGCGGUGAAAAAUAUGAUGCGAAAACAAAAAGGUGGCUUCCUCCUGAAGACGAGGAUAUUGAUUUCGAUAAAAUGAUUCCGGAAUGGAAGACUCUAGGAGCAAAACUAAUUGGUGGUUGUUGUCGUAUGAAGCCUGAAGAUAUUCGAAAAAUAUCAGCAGUUAUUGCUUUCCUUAAUAAUAAAUCGUAA